UUCUCUUUCUUCUCUCUCUCUCUCUCUCUCUAAUUGGAGAAUUCAUUCGUUCACUCAGCUCCUACUCUUUCCUCGAUUCCAUUGUUGAUCGGUGGCUGGCUGCUCGUCCCUAGCCUCGAUCAACACCUUCCCCUCCUUCCCCUCACUCUCUCGGCAGAUCUCUGAUCCGGGCCGGCGACUUCUCCCGCCCGCCCUCGCACCCGCUCGGUCGUUGCCCCGGACAAAUUGAACGAGUGCAGUGUAGGAUAAAGAUGAAGAACUGUGAGCGCAUAGCAAAUGUCGCCUUAGCAGGAUUAACACUGGCUCCGCUUGUCAUGAAGGUGGAUCCAAAUCUAAAUGUCAUUUUGACUGCAUGCCUUUCGGUUUACGUAGGCUGCUACAGAUCUGUCAAGCCAACACCACCCACUGAGACAAUGUCUAAUGAGCAUGCCAUGCGCUUCCCAUUUGUUGGGAGUGCAAUGCUGUUGUCACUUUUCUUGCUGUUUAAGUUCCUGUCGAAGGACUUGGUUAAUGCUGUAUUGACCUGCUACUUCUUCGUGCUUGGGAUCAUUGCUCUUGCGGCAACUGUAUUACCUGCUAUUAAGAGAUACUUGCCGAAGCAUUGGAAUGAGGAUCUCAUUGUCUGGCGCUUUCCAUAUUUCCGCUCUUUGGAGAUAGAAUUCACUAGAUCUCAGGUUGUUGCUGCCAUCCCCGGGACUUUCUUCUGUGCAUGGUAUGCCUCAAAGAAGCAUUGGCUUGCCAACAAUAUCUUGGGCCUCUCAUUCUGCAUUCAGGGGAUUGAAAUGCUCUCUCUUGGAUCCUUCAAAACUGGUGCCAUUCUGCUGGCUGGACUUUUUGUGUAUGAUAUAUUUUGGGUUUUCUUCACUCCAGUGAUGGUCAGUGUUGCAAAAUCCUUUGAUGCUCCCAUAAAGCUUCUGUUUCCGACAGCAGAUUCAGCCCGGCCAUUUUCCAUGCUUGGCCUUGGAGAUAUUGUUAUUCCUGGUAUCUUUGUGGCAUUGGCGCUUCGAUUUGAUGUGUCAAGAGGGAAAGAAAGCCAGUACUUUAAGAGUGCAUUUUUUGGGUAUGCUGUCGGUGUGAUACUAACCAUUAUUGUCAUGAACUGGUUUCAAGCUGCCCAGCCAGCACUGCUCUACAUUGUACCGUCUGUCAUAGGAUUCCUUGCUGCUCACUGCUUAUGGAAUGGUGACGUGAAACAGUUGAUGGAGUUUGAUGAAUCUAAGUCCUCCGCUUCGUCUCAAGAAACGACAGAUGCCAAAUCGGGUAAGGAAGAAUGACCCUAGAACUCUUGAGCUAUCUGGGAUAGGAUUAAACACCGGCAAAAGCUUGUCUCAUCAGGGACACCGAAACCGUCUUUACCUUUAUUUUGGCCAACUUACAAGGAACUACACCUUUGUUGUAACAGAUUUUGGAUUUGAGAUAAAUAAUACUUUUAGCCUCUGAUAGAUGGAACUGUUGCUGACCUUCUUGAAGGUAAUUUAUGGUGAAUUUCAGUUAGCACUA